AAGCUCACGCAAGUGAUGGCUCUAGAGCAACUGCAAUUGCUUAAUGCCCUGGAUGUUGCCAAAACACAAUGGUAUCACUUCACAGCGAUCAUAAUUGCUGGGAUGGGCUUCUUCACUGAUGCCUAUGAUCUUUUCUGCAUCUCGCUUGUGACAAAAUUGCUUGGCCGGAUUUAUUAUCACGUGGAUGGGGCAGCCAAGCCCGGAACGCUGCCUCCCAAUGUCUCCGCAGCUGUCAACGGGGUUGCCUUCUGUGGGACACUCGCAGGGCAGCUUUUCUUUGGCUGGCUUGGUGACAAAAUGGGCAGGAAGAAAGUUUAUGGCAUGACUUUGAUGCUCAUGGUCAUAUGUUCAAUCGCUUCCGGUCUUUCUUUUGGGGAUGACCCAAAAGGUGUCAUGGCAACGCUCUGCUUCUUCCGGUUCUGGCUCGGGUUCGGCAUCGGUGGUGACUACCCACUUUCUGCAACAAUCAUGUCUGAAUAUGCCAAUAAGAAGACUCGCGGUGCUUUCAUUGCUGCUGUGUUUGCUAUGCAGGGUCUUGGAAUUUUAGCUGGUGGGAUAUUUGCAAUUAUCAUAUCUAGUUCAUUCGGUGCCAGAUUUGAUGCUCCGGCUUAUGAGAUCGAUGCUAUUGGCUCAACAGUCCCACAAGCAGACUAUGUUUGGCGUAUAAUUCUUAUGGUUGGAGCACUCCCAGCUGCACUUACCUACUACUGGCGUAUGAAGAUGCCUGAAACUGCUCGAUACACUGCUCUUGUUGCCAAGAACAUGAAACAAGCUGCAUCUGAUAUGUCAAAGGUUCUGAACAUGGAAAUCGAGGCGGAACAAAAGGUCGAGGCUGUUCAGGAGAAGCAAACCAAUGUUUUUGGUUUGUUCUCGAAGGAGUUUCUUAGUCGCCAUGGACUUCACUUGCUUGGAACAACAACGACAUGGUUCUUGCUUGACAUUGCAUUCUACAGCCAGAAUCUGUUCCAGAAGGAUAUAUUUAGCGCGAUCGGUUGGAUUCCCCCGGCGAAGACUAUGAAUGCUAUUCAAGAGGUUUUCAAAAUUGCAAGAGCACAAACACUCAUUGCUCUUUGCAGUACCGUCCCAGGCUACUGGUUCACGGUGGCUUUCAUCGAUAUAAUGGGAAGAUUCGCAAUCCAAUUGAUGGGUUUCUUCUUCAUGACAGUGUUUAUGUUUGGCCUGGCUAUUCCUUAUGAUCACUGGACACACAAGGAUAACCAUAUUGGGUUCGUGGUGAUGUACUCAUUGACCUUCUUCUUUGCCAAUUUCGGGCCUAAUGCAACCACAUUCGUGGUGCCCGCAGAGAUUUUCCCUGCCAGGUUCCGGUCUACCUGUCACGGUAUCUCCGCAGCGUCGGGAAAGCUUGGGGCUAUUGUAGGCGCAUUCGGGUUCUUGUAUUUGGCGCAGAGCAAGGACAAGACCAAGACCGAUGCAGGGUAUCCUCCAGGCAUUGGAGUGAAGAACGCACUAAUUGUAUUGGGUGUUGUGAAUUUCUUGGGAAUGUUGUUUACAUUCUUGGUGCCUGAAUCAAAGGGAAGAUCACUGGAAGAGAUUUCAGGAGAAAAUGAAGAUGAUGGAGCAGUCUUCCAUGCCUAACAGGACAGUCCCAGU